AGGCCCGAGCAAGAGGGGAAUGGGGCCAGGCAGCUCAGCUGAGUACCGAUCUGACCGAUCGGGAUUCGUCCUCGGGGCUCGGUGAGAGACAGAGCAGCCGGCGGUGGCCAUGGCGCUGCUCCAGCGCGGCCGCUGCUGUGGAGCCGCCGCCACGACGAGCCUGAGGCGGCUGGUGCUGGGGCGGGUGUGUGAAAGCCAUGUGUCUAGCCAGUACAAAGCAUCAAGUUCUUUGCCAGAUGAAAAGAAGGAGUUUCUGCAAAAUGGCCCUGAUUUGCAAGAUUUUGUAUCGGGGGAUUUUUCUGACAAGAGCAUAUGGGCUGAGUAUAAAGGCAAUUUAAAACGCCAGAAGGGAGAAAGGCUGCGACUUCCUCCAUGGCUAAAAACUGAGAUUCCCAUAGGAAAGAACUAUAAUAAACUGAAGAGUACACUGCGAAGUUUAAAUCUUCAUACUGUGUGUGAGGAAGCACGAUGUCCCAACAUUGGAGAGUGCUGGGGAGGGGGUGAGUAUGCUACUGCUACAGCAACUAUCAUGUUGAUGGGUGACACAUGUACAAGAGGUUGCAGAUUUUGUUCAGUAAAGACAGCAAAAAAUCCACCUCCAUUGGAUCUUAAUGAACCCUACAAUACAGCAAAAGCUAUAGCUGAAUGGGGCUUGGAUUAUGUUGUAUUGACAUCUGUAGACAGAGAUGAUAUUCUAGAUGGCGGAGCAGAACAUUUUGCAAAAACUGUAUCACACUUGAAGGAAAGGAAUUCAAAAAUUCUAGUAGAAUGUUUAACCCCUGAUUUUCGAGGGGACCUUAAAGCAGUGGAGAAAGUUGCCUUGUCAGGACUAGACGUAUAUGCCCAUAAUGUGGAAACUGUUCCAGAGUUACAGAGGAAAGUACGUGAUCCUCGAGCCAAUUUUAAGCAAUCCUUACAAGUUUUGAAGCAUGCUAAGAAGGUCCAGCCUGAUGUAAUUUCUAAAACCUCCAUUAUGCUGGGAUUAGGCGAGACAGAUGAACAAGUAUAUUCAACAAUGAAAUUAUUACGUGAAGCAGAUGUGGACUGUUUGACCUUAGGACAAUACAUGCAACCAACAAAACGUCAUUUAAAGGUUGAGGAAUAUGUUACCCCUGACAAGUUUAAACACUGGGAAAACGUGGGAAAUGAGCUUGGAUUUCAUUACACAGCUAGUGGUCCUCUAGUGCGCUCCUCCUAUAAAGCAGGUGAAUUUUUCUUGAAGAAUUUAGUAGAGAAAAGGAAGACAAAGGUUAUCUGAAGGUGGAAGUGGACCCAUUUUAAGUCACCUACAGCUUUAAAGAUUCAUUUUUCAUAAGUUCAAUUAAUUCCAAAAAUACAGCAUCCCACAUCGCGGAAUGAUGAAUGAAAUUAAUAUUUCUAGAACACUGCUCCCUUGACAAAACAAUUGACAUUAAUUUGCCUAGUUCUUCUUAGUUUCCAUAAAAUUACAGCUACAUGGUACUUUAGUGUUCAGUGAAUCAUCAAAAGCCUUAGCUUUAGAAUGUAUCAAAACAGCGACUCUGAUUUGGUGAGCAGGGGAAUUAUGAGGAAAAAUAAAGAAAAAUGACACAUAUGUAAACAAAAAUGGAUGGAUUGUGAAAUCUGGUAUAGUGUAUUAAAUGCUGAAAUAAAGAAAAAAAAUCUUGCCACCUG